CCUCCCAGCCUCAGCCCAGAACAAGCAGCUAGCUACUCACACCAUGAAGCUCAGCCGCCUCCAUGCCCUUUGCCUCACCCUCUGCCUGGUGGCCUUGGCCAGCUCAGGAAAGACCUCAGAUAACCUCAAACAAGAGGCUUCCCAGGAGUUGUUCCAAACUUCCCCUGCUCUGUGCCAGCUCCCCCCAGUGAGGGGCCCCUGCAAAGCCUCUUUGCGCCGAUACUUCUACAAUUCUACAUCCAUUGAGUGUGAGCCCUUUACCUAUGGUGGUUGUCAGGGCAAUGCCAACAAUUUUGAGACCAUAGAGAUCUGUUUGAGGGUCUGCAAACCCCCUGAGACCAAAAUCAAGAGCAGCUGAAGAUGAAGCCUGUACGUUCCCAGGCCUUGACUGAAAGCUGGCUUGGCUGCCACUCCUGCGCGGAGGCCCUUUUCUGAACUCAUCCUGUCACUCUCUGGGACUGAGUCAAUAAAGUGAUC